AUUUACAUGAAGUUGUAUUCACGGGCCCAGGCUGCCUAGGUGCACUGGUCAUACCUGAAUAGUCCAUUACUAUCCACGUUUCAGCCAGUCCGGUCCUUGAUCUUGCCGCCCGCCCAUGACAGUGACCGUGGGAUGUCGACAACCGGACCUCACCCAGGUCACUUCUAGUGACCCUCCGUCACCAUCCCGCCUCUGCGACGCUCCUCACCUCCUCGACCAUUAUCUAACGUGCUUUAGUAUUCAUUUACUUGGCCGAGAAGUGUAUAUAUAAUCUGACCGACCAUGAUUGCAGGAUGGGUCCUUCACCCACCGUCGCCAUUAUCGCGCAGCGCUAGCCCCAGCAGUCACGUCAGAUCAUAUUCGGCAUCUCCUAAAGCGCCCCCAGACUUGUCUUCGAAUCGCACGGCGAGAGCCAUAUCUACAUCCGCGCUUAACAACAGCUCCACCAACUUGAGCGUCGGCGCUGCGUCAGUGGGAAGCUCCCAGCGCUCAAGCUCCUACAACGACGAGGACGAGAGUAUGAGCACCAUUCCGGAUCCAAGAAGCCGCACUAUGUCUCCUCCCGACGGCUCACAGCCACCAAGCCCCUCACACCACCCGGAUCUCAAUGACGAAGUUGCGACACUAAGUAACAAGCUUAUCAAUGCCAUCAAUCAUCAAACAAAUCUGGGGGACAUGCUGAAUCAGACACGUUCGGAGCUGGAUGCAUCUCGAGAACGUAUUCGGCAGCUUGAAGCUGAGGCUGAGAGUCAUGCUAGCCAGAUCACAAAUGGCUCCCUGGUGGAAUUCGGCGUCGUGAAGGCGGAAAGGACAAAGCUUUUAGCGAGUUUGACUGAGGAGGCAAAGAAGCGUGGCGUUGCUGAGAAAGAGAAAGCAGCCAUUGAGUUGGAGCUGGAGAACCUAACCACGGCUCUCUUCGAAGAGGCCAAUAAGAUGGUCACUAUUGCUCGAGAGAAUUCUCAGCGGGAUCACGAAGUCAUGGAAAAGAAAAACGAGAUGCUCAAAGCUCGACUAGCAGAUACAAAGACGCUAUUAAAGUCACAUGAAGAACAGCUAGCGGAACUGAAACGAGUAAUGGCUCAAAUGCAGGAGAAGAAAGAAGAGCAGUCCAAUCCCUCAGCACCGCCAACACCUGGUUUGAAGCAGUUUGAUGACAAGGACGAAAGUGUUGUACGGCCCGUACAUUCACCCACGGGGGAUUUAGAGGUUACGCCCUCAUAUCCUACCAGCUUCACGCAUCUGUUGCAGCCUGUCCUUAGAACAGAUUUGGCUGCCUAUGGCGACUUUGUAACCCUGGUGCGAUCAUCCAAGAAUGGGCCAGGAAGCAGGGUAACGAGUGGGUCGUAUGGAGGGUUUUCGCUGGGGCUGGGACUUGGAGGGGCUUCAAGUCAGCCAUCACCAGUUCUACGGCACACACCCUCCAAUGGCUCGACUUCAUCAAUAGCAACUUCUGCCACCGUUGCUUCAACUCCAGUCACACCUAUCACGCCUGCAUCCGCAGUCAGCGCCAGCACCACACCAGCAGGCCCUGCAACUCCACUCAAAGAAACCCGCUUUUACAAGCGCGCAUUGGCUGAAGAUAUUGAGCCAACGCUUCGCCUUGAUACUGCUCCUGGACUCUCGUGGCUGGCUAGGAGAAGCGUUCUCAAUGCCAUGUGCGAGGGAACGCUCGUAGUGGAUCCGAUGCCAACACCUACUACAGCCGUCCAAAAAUUAUACGUAUUUGCUUGUUCGCUUUGUGGAGAAUCACGCAAAGAUCCAAAGCAAGCACGAACACAUCGCUUUCGAACAAGCGAGAGUGAUACGGCACAGAGAUACCCUCUGUGUAAAUACUGUCUCGGGAGAGUUAGGAGUAGCUGCGACUUCCUUGGGUUUCUGCGAAUGCUCAAAGAUGGCCACUGGAGGUGCGAAGAUGAAGAAGCGGAGAAAAAUGCGUGGGAGGAGAGCGUAAGGUUACGAGAACAAAUGUUCUGGGCUCGAAUGGGUGGAGGAGUUAUACCGGUUGGCGCUGCCCACAAUCAACUUCCGGAAGUGGCUCCAAGGGCUAGCGAGGAAGUUGAAAUGCUGAAAGAGCUAGAAGAGACUGGAAAGAUAGUACCCAGGGACAUUACACCACUUCCUGACGAUAUCACAGCCUCGCGGAUCGAUCUUGACGGAGAUGAAGCUUCGUUAAUAGCAGCGAAAAAGAGAGCGAGUAAGAAUCUAAGAAACGACACAGCCGAAGGAUUAUGGAAGGCUGCUCAGGAGGAUGCUCUGGAGCCUCCUCCCAAGGAAAGCGACGUAGCUGCUACGUCUCCUGAAGCGAAACAAGUUUCAGACGAGGCGCCAGCGACAGAAGAGAGCGAUAAAUCGAACCGUGCCUCAUCGCAAUCGCUUGCGGUAUCGGAGACGGGAAGUAAAGAGGAGAAGAGGCUCUCCAUCACUAUUCCACGGCCGGAAUAAGUUAGAGAUUCAGGAACUGGGCUCUUCAAUAAUAUGAGAGCCUCAAAUGGUCAUAUAAGGCGCAUGGGUUUUGGUUGGCGUGGGGCGGCGUUUUGGGGCAACGGGCAGCAUUGAAUGGGUCGGUGUCGGUGGCAUUUAUGAACUGGGAAAUCACUGUGUGAAAGGGAAUAGAAGCUUCCUACUAGAUAGACGGGCUGUCUUGUAGAGUACAGCCAUGAAUAAUUUACAAGACACAUCACGAACAAGCACAAUAUAUGUAACUACCCCUUCUCUACUAGUUGCGGCAAACUUCACCAGCUUUUUAUCACGAACUAUAUUACACUCUCAUAUUGCAAUAUGAUGCCAAGCUAUACUCUUUAGUUCCUGUCCAGGGCCCACAAGAGCAUCUCUGUUCGAGUUGAGUAAGUGUUGUGCUCAUCGUAUUCCAGCACGUGAUUGACGGCCGCCGAUAACCCCGCAUGAGGCUGGAC